AUGAAGACGGAGACGGAGACGGAUGAAGACGAAGACGAACGAAAACCAGAGUCCCACGCUGCUGGCGACGGCGACGGCGACGGCGACGGCGACGGCGACGGCGACGGGUGGCAGGAACUUUCGUCCAGUCCGUCGCCCGGUCCUUCCGAUCGGCACGUCCCACCGUCCCAGUCACCAACGGACGGUACAGACGUCCCACCUGACAACCUUGCCGCCGAACAGGCUCCCGCACCGGACGCUGAGGAGACCAGUACAUCUUCACAACACCUGUUUGACAAUUUCAUUGUACCCACCGACACCUUCGAACCAGGUCGACGCUCCUCCUUGCCGUCGUCCGACACUGAGGAACACGUGCGCAAACAACGCUCGCCACGUAGGCGCAAACGCCGUCGCCGUUCACCCACGGGCUCUCAGAGCGUUGCCACCCGCGACGACGAAGACGACACCCAAGCAGCCGACAUUUCCACGCAGAGGUCGGCGGACAACUUUCACGAUGAACAAGACGUUUCGCAGGACGGGACCACUAUGGAGGUCGCCACGCACAAUGUAACAAUCGGUGCGCCGGUUGAGACGCCUGUCUCCCCGCCGACAACUCCAGAUCUCUCUCACCACGACGCAAUUCCCAUGGACAUUGGACAGACCCACGGCACAGGAGCAUGGGCCGACGACAUUGAGGAAGGUACGCCCCCUCCUCCGGAUGAGUUACCUCCGCCGGACGAGGCUACCUGUUAA